UACUCGCAUGCAUCGGCUGUCAGGCUGGUUGGCAAUACUGCGCCGCCGAAGCCCGUCCCUCAGCAGACGAGAAUCGGACGUCAGAAGAGUAGGUCUUCGGUCGGGAGCUCCUCCUAUUUGAUAAAUUAUUUACUUCUCUGGGCUGGCAUAAGCUCCAGAACUACGCAGAUAUGGUGAAAGUUGACAUAGAGUAUUGUGGUGGAUGAGGGUACGCCCCCCGCUAUGAGGAACUGGCCCGUGUCAUCCGGUCAAAAGUUCCUCAGGCGGAAGUUGUUGGAGCUGUUGGGAGGAGGACUUCUUUUGAAGUGUCCAUUGAUGGCACACUUAUCCACUCGAAGAUUAAAACUAUGAGCUUCCCUGAUUUCGAUGAAGUGGCAGACAUUGUAUCUAGUGUAGACAGUGGAGAGGCUGUCCGGCAGGUUUCCAAGACAGAAAUGGAUGGCUGCAAUAUUAUGUAAAACAGGUUCAUUUGAGGUUACCAUCAAUGGAAAAGUAGCUUUCUCUAAGCUCAGUCGUGGAAAGUUCCCAGAUUUUGAGGAGGUGGCAGAAGCUGUGAAAAAUGCGGAAUCUGGGGGUGAAGUUCAGACUGUAGAGAAAUGCCAGGCGUCACAAUGCACCAUUAUUUAGUGUGGCUUUUAAAGCUAUACGGGUGGUGGUUCUAUAUGACAAGAUAGACACCUUCCAUCAUUAUUGUCUGAUAUGAAAUAACAUUUAUCACAAAAUGGAAGCUGUGCUAAGAAUAUAGUAUUUACUGAGUUUUCAUUUCUAUAUGAAGAGAAUGGUGUAAAUAAUUAAACUACCUUUCUUGGAAGAUUGCUAAGAUGAAAGCUCAGUAGAUAUCUGUGUUUCUAACAUGGUUUUAACUUGUUAUAAAUAUAUUUUUAAAAAUCUC